AUGAACCCGGAGAAGGAUUUCGCGCCGCUCACGCCCAACAUCGUGCGCGCCCUCAACGACAAGCUCUACGAAAAGCGGAAGGUGGCUGCCCUGGAGAUCGAGAAGCUGGUCCGGGAGUUCGUGGCCCAGAACAACACGGUGCAGAUCAAACAUGUGAUCCAGACCUUGUCUCAGGAGUUUGCCCUGUCUCAGCACCCCCACAGCCGGAAAGGGGGGCUCAUCGGCCUGGCCGCCUGCUCCAUCGCACUGGGCAAGGACUCGGGGCUCUACCUGAAGGAGCUGAUCGAGCCGGUGCUCACAUGCUUCAGCGACGCCGACAGCAGGCUGCGCUACUACGCCUGCGAGGCCCUCUACAACAUCGUCAAGGUAGCCCGCGGCGCCGUGCUGCCCCACUUCAACGUGCUCUUCGACGGGCUCAGCAAGUUGGCUGCUGACCCAGACCCCAAUGUGAAAAGUGGAUCUGAGCUCCUAGACCGCCUCUUAAAGGACAUCGUGACGGAGAGCAACAAGUUCGACCUGGUGGGCUUCAUCCCCUUGUUGCGGGAGAGGAUUUACUCCAACAACCAGUACGCCCGGCAGUUCAUCAUCUCCUGGAUCCUGGUGCUGGAGUCCGUGCCUGACAUUAACCUGCUGGACUACCUGCCGGAGAUCCUGGACGGGCUCUUCCAGAUCCUGGGCGACAACGGCAAAGAGAUCCGGAAAAUGUGUGAGGUGGUCCUUGGAGAGUUCCUAAAGGAAACGAAGAAGAACCCCUCGAGUGUUAAGUUUGCGGAGAUGGCCAACAUCCUGGUAAUCCACUGCCAGACCACGGAUGACCUGAUCCAGCUGACGGCCAUGUGCUGGCUGCGGGAGUUCAUCCAGCUGGCCGGCCGCGUCAUGCUGCCCUACUCCUCAGGGAUCCUGACUGCUGUCCUGCCCUGCCUGGCCUACGACGACCGCAAGAGGAACAUCAAGGAGGUGGCCAACGUCUGCAACCAGAGCCUGAUGAAGCUGGUCACCCCCGAGGACGAUGAGCCCGACGAGCCAAGGCCGGCGGCGCAGAGGCAGGCAGGCCCCAGCCCCGAGGGCUGCGCAGCCACGCAGGAGGGGGCAGCCGGCGGAGGGCCUGAUGGUUCCUGCAACUCUAGCUUCAGUAGCGGCAUCAGUGUCUUCACUCCAGCCAGCGCCGAGAGGGCCCCAGUCACCCUCCACCUGGACGGGAUCGUGCAGGUGCUGAACUGCCACCUCAGCGACACGGCCAUCGGCAUGAUGACCAGGAUCGCCGUCCUCAAGUGGCUCUACCACCUGUACAUCAAGACCCCCCGCAAGAUGUCACGGCACACGGACAGCCUGUUCCCCGUGCUCCUGCAGACGCUGUCGGACGAGUCUGACGAGGUUAUCCUAAAGGAUCUGGAGGUGCUGGCAGAAAUUGCUUCUUCCCCCGCAGGCCAGGCGGAUGACCCAGGCGCCCUCGAUGGUCCUGACCUCCGCGUCAGCCACUCGGAGCUCCAGGCACCCACCCCCGGCAGAGCCGGCCUGCUGAACACGCCCGGUACCAAAGGCGUGGAGUGUUCUCCUUCCACCCCGACCAUGAACUCCUACUUUUACAAGUUCAUGAUCAACCUUCUCAAGAGGUUCAGCAGUGAGCGGAAGCUCCUGGAGGUCAGAGGCGCCUUCAUCAUCAGGCAGCUCUGCCUCCUGCUGCACGCGGAGAGCAUCUUCCACUCAAUGGCGGACAUCCUGCUCCGGGAGGAGGACCUCACGUUUGCCUCGACCAUGGUCCACACCCUCAACACCAUCCUGCUGACCUCCACUGAGCUCUUCCAGCUGCGAAACCAGCUCAAGGACCUGAAGACCCCGGAGAGCCGGAACCUGUUCUGCUGCCUGUAUCGCUCCUGGUGCCACAACCCCGUCACCACCGUGUCGCUCUGCUUCCUCACCCAGAACUACCGGCACGCCUACGACCUCAUCCAGAAGUUUGGGGACCUGGAGGUCACCGUGGAUUUCCUGACGGAGGUGGACAAGCUGGUGCAGCUGAUCGAGUGCCCCAUCUUCACAUACCUGCGCCUGCAGUUGCUGGACGUGAAGAGCAACCCGUACCUGAUCAAGGCCCUGUAUGGCCUGCUCAUGCUGCUGCCACAGAGCAGCGCCUUCCAGCUGCUGUCGCACCGGCUGCAGUGCGUCCCCAACCCUGAGCUGCUGCAGACCGAAGACGGUGUGAAGGCAGCACCCAGGUCGCAGAAAGCAGAUUCCCCGGGCAUUGACUACGCGGAGCUGCUGCAGCACUUCGAGCGGGUCCAGAAGCAGCACCUGGACGUGAGACACCAGCGGAGCGGGCGCGGGGACCACCCGGACCGGAGGGCGCUCCUCUGA